AUGCGGAGCGGUUCCUGGCUUCAGGCGAAGCAAAGAUACCUAGGAAAGCGCGACAUCCCAGAGUACAAACGGGCACUCAGUCGCCGGCCACCUACCAACUCCAGUAAGGUAGCAGGGAAAUCAUCAAAGCCCAAUGGAGCCUCGCCGAGUCCGCCAGCGGGCGUACCAACCGAACCAAGCGAUAAUGGAAGUUACAACUUUUGCUCUGCUGCCCAACUAGCAACGCGCAACAUGCAACGGGCGACGGGUCCAGCAGGACACAACCUAGACUCCCUACCUGGAGAGUUCUCGGAAUUGCCAGAGGCUACUCAGGCUCAGGGGGAAAGGUUACAAGAUGCGAAGCAGUACGGAGGGUACAAGUGGCAAUCUGUCAGAGUUCAUACUGGAUACUACGGGCGUGUAACGUGGGCAUAUUGCAGUGUUUCUCAUGCCCGCCCAUCUUCUGCUAACUGGAAAUUCAACAAAACAAAUCUCCAUGGGUCGGUUGAUAUGGGACUUGACAAUGGAGAACGCGACCCCACCAACAAGAACCUUGGAAACAGACAGAAAAAAAAUCAAAGUGUGGGAUGGGACGACGAUGACUGGUCCCGCGACUCCCGCUUCGCUGUAACGCCAGAAAUCUGUUUGAGAAUUCUGCAGGGGUUCCAUCGCUUCCUUCUCUCCUCCAAAGAUGGUUGCCGCACCUGCACCUGCCUGCGCCUGCGCGCACUUGCUGGCGGGGGUUAUCCCACAGUCACCCCUUCCUCGACCUGUCCUCAACUCACCUUGACACCUUCCGUGAUAUCAAGUAGAGUUGAGGAUGAAAUGCACCUGCCUACCUUUGACCCCGUAUCUUCCUCACCAGACAGAACAUCUACAGAUUACGCUCAAAUGUCGUUUUGGACUUUCGUCCUCGAGCAAGAUACCGCAGUGAUGAAAUACCGACGCUACAAAUCAUCGACCAUAUAUCUGCACACCACUUCGAACCCCAAGGUCCACGAAGAUUCGCCCUUGCACGGUUACACCUUCGAAUUUGCGCAGCCUGGAUAUCCCAUUCGGUUGGGUUCGCUCCAUCCAGCUCAGUUGAGCUCGAAAUCUCCUUCACAAGCCGCUCGAGACCUGACUAACUAUCCCGUGCGCGCUCCUUCCCAUCAAACUCGCCGAGCUGUGCCGACUUCACCAGCUUGCCUCAUCGUGCGUCCAGUCUCGAUGCAAAUGCAGGGACAAUUUGGGCCGAAUAUAACUGCAGAUGCCUGCAACUGCAACUUCCCAUCUUUGGGUUGGAAAGGGGGUGAACAAGCCCUGUCUACGGACGACGUCGAGCUCAACUUACCUAGCCGCCGGAUGGACUGGGAAACCUACGUACAAGAAGAAGAAUCGGGUUCCAGAAACCUAACGAACCCUCACCAGACCUCGUCUCCAUCUCUGGUAGUGUCAGGAUCAUCCACCAACGCUGGCUGCAUUGUUGGUGGCGGCACCUGCAACAUAUUCUCACAUAGUCAUCCUAGACAUGCGGAACGGACUGGCCUUGACCCGUUCAGCUUCGGCUUCUUGCUCGCCCUUCGCAUCCAUCUAAGCAUCUACCUUUCCGACCGAGACCUGCCAUAUUCACUCGGGAUGCCACACCGCACUGGACGACGCCGGGCAUAUGGCUUCCUUUCUUUUAAAAGAACGGAUGGACGAACCGCAAAACAAAUAACAUCGGAGCUGAGUGGGCCAGAUCCAAGGACCGAGUACCGACCAGACAGGAGCAGAAACCGGCAUGACGCCCAUCGUUCAUGCAUCCAGGAGGCGCAGGCAGGCUUGAAACCACUGCUUUUUUCAGCUGCACAUUGCAGUCCUGCGUCUGCAAAUGCUGCAGAAAGAAGAAAGGCAUUCGAAAUCGAGACAGCCUGUCAAACGCACAGCAAGAUGACACCGUGUCAGUCGCUCGCGACUCUUAGCCUCACGGCUCCUUCACUAGACAAGCAGUGUAACCGUCUUGCGCCAACUUGGCUCACCGUUCGGAGUGUCUGCGUUUCAUUGAUGAGCCUGUCGGCGGCCCGUGUGCUCGUAAAAAUCGGCGCCAUCGUCAACAACAAACGAGUGGCAUGUCAGAGAGCACCACCCCUCCUUUUUUCCCUCCGGUGUGCCUCUGUCAACUUCGUUUUUGAAUUUGACAUUGUCAGUGUCUGCACCCCAGAGACAACGACAGGGACCAAUUUCAGGAGCAGGGUCGCGCUUGACCGCAUCAAGAAGGCCCACAUGCCCGUUCGGAGAGCGGUUGAGCGGGAUGUGGAAUAG